AUGGUUGGUUGGUCCGAGCAACCCUUUAUCGGAGUUACUUUUAAUUACCGGAUUGGCGCCCUCGGCUUUCUCCCUUCCACCACAACAGCCGAAGAGGGUAUCCUGAACCUAGGUCUGCACGAUCAGAUCCUCUUAUUCAAAUGGGUGCAGGAUAAUAUCGAAGCCUUCGGAGGGGAUCCCUCCCAGGUGACAUUGUUUGGACUCUCUGCUGGUGCCCAUUCGAUCGCGCACCAUAUCAUGAACUAUGACCUCGGUCACACCCUCUUCCACCGUGCCAUAAUCGAGUCUGGCGCUGCAACCUCCCGGGCGGUCCAUUCUUACGACGCUCGCCUCCACGAGGACCAAUUCCGUCACUUUGUCGAAGAGGCCGGCUGCAAGGAUGCACCUCGCCAGGAGGUAAUGGACUGCCUACGCAGCCAGCCCGAGUCCGCCAUCACCAAUGCCUCCUUCACGGUGUUCGACCGCUACAAUCCCUCCGUGCGAUGGGCCUUCCAACCCGUCAUCGACGGAGACCUCAUCAAGCAACGACCCAUUGACGCCUGGAAAUCCGGCAAAUGGAACCAAAUGCCGAUCCUGACGGGAUUCAACACCAACGAAGGAACAUACUACGUGCCCCCAACCAUGUCCCGGUCAGAAGAGUUCGCCGAGUUCUUCCGAACCCUCCUCCCCGCAUACUCCGCGUCAGACAUCAAUACAAUCGACAAGCUCUACCCCGAUCCAGCCAAGGAUGCCUCGUCGCCCUAUGUCGACACAAGAGUUCUAUCGGUCGGACCUCAAUACAAACGCGUCGAGGCCGCAUACGGGCACUACGCGUACGCCUGUCCGGUGCGCCAGACAGCGAAGUUUGCCUCGGCGGGUCAGGAGCCUCCGAUCUUCCUCUAUCGCUGGGCACUCAAUAAGACGGUGCAAGGUGGCGCGAACCAUGGCGAUCAAAUGGCAUAUGAGACUUUCAACCCCGAGGUGCGUGCCAUCUCCGAGAACCAGGAGAAUAUGGCGGGUACCUUGCAUGCGUACUUGACCUCAUUCAUUGUAUCGGGGCACCCGAACACCAUCGGCGGUGCCUAUGGAGACCGUCCUAUCUGGGAGACGUAUGAUGCAUCUUCCUCAGGUCGGAUCAUGGUGUUGGGCGAGGGAAAUGAUGAGCGUGCCGGCGGAAGUGGCGUAGGAAUUGCGGCGCAGAUGGUGGAUGACGAAUGGAGUCGGAAAGAAUGCAAUUUCUGGUGGACGAAACCACUCCCAAUCCUCCUCCUCGACGGUGGUCUCGGCACCACGCUCGGCGACCCUCCCCACAACAUCACCUUCACGGCCGAAACGCCCCUCUGGUCCGCUCACCUGCUAAUUUCCUCGCCCUCCACUCUCGAAGAAGUCCACAACGCCUUUGCGACAGCCGGCGCCGACAUCGUCCUAACCGCUACGUAUCAAACGAGCUUUGAGGGAUUCACACUUACGAACGCUCGUUACACGCCCGAGGAUGCAGCGCGCUAUAUGCGCUCAGCGAUCCCGCUUGCGCGACGCGCUGGAUCGGCGUCGGGGAGGACGGUGAAGGUCGCACUAUCGCUGGGCCCUUACGGUGCGACCAUGUCCCCUGUCGGGGCGGAGUAUACGGGUCUAUACCCGGACGAGAUGAAUUCAGAAUCGAAGCUGCGCGAGUGGCAUGCUCGGCGACUGUGCGUGUUCGUGGACGAGACGGGCUCGUGGGACAACUUCGAAUACAUUGCGUUUGAGACAGUCAGGAGGGCCGAUGAGGCGAGGGCCAUCCGUGGGGCCAUGUCGGAUGUGCUGGCAGACAUGUAUCAAGGUCAGGGGUCCAAUCCGGAGAAGAGCCAAUGGGCAGUAGGACGGAAGAAGCCAUGGUGGAUUUGUGGAGUCUUUCCAGAGGAGGAGGUCGAUGAGGCGGAUGUGCGCGCAUGGGUACGUGCAGCUGUUGGCACAGCGGAGGGAGAGACGGGCGUCAAUCUCCCCCGGCCAUGGGGAAUCGGAGUCAAUUGCACCCGCAUUGGGAAUGUUGGGCGGAUCGUCUCGAUCAUGCAGGACGAGUUGCGUAACCUGCACGAGCUGGGAACAAAGGGCUACGUCGACGAGUGGGACAGCGUGACCGGAAGACCCUGGCUGGUGUUGUAUCCCGAUGGCACUAAUGGAGAGAAGUACGACCCUGUCACGAAGACAUGGGUCGCAACGGACACGGGGAAAGAAACACGCCCGUGGGACGAGAUCUACUGGGAUGUGGUACGGGGACUGCCUGAGGGUGCCUGGGAGGGUGUGGUAAUGGGUGGAUGUUGUCGGGCUGGGCCUGAGCAGAUCGCUACACUGCGCAGGAGGAUUGAUGAACGGUCCAUUGGGCAAUGCUGA